GGUGUGACAGGACUGCAACAGCGCAAGGGCCUCGGCGUCAAUUUGGCACAAGAUUCACCCCUUCGUUAUGAAUUUUUGGAGCUUGGGGACGUCGUUAUGCCACACUGGGUAAACUGCAGACGCUCUCCAAGAUUAAAUCACUCGAGCCUAAAACAGGGAGCCCGACAGAAAGGAAAAUGUGUAUGAAUCAGAAUUUGUUAAUAUGCUGUUGCACGUCUUUGAGAUUUGGCUUGUAAAUAUUCCGGGAUCUUUAUUUUGAUGCUCUGGGGGAAUUUAGGCGCGCGCAGUGUGCAGUGAGGUUGUUUGCUGCCCGGAGUUGGCACAGCCCGCAGGAAUCAUUGUAGUAAUAAUAAUCUUUUAUAUUAUUAAGCGGCAUGAUUAAUACACGCGCGGCAUCUAUAGGUGCAGCCAUCCAAAAUUCGUAUCGUGACGUUCUUCUCCAGAAUAUAGUCUUUUGAAUCCAAAUAUAGGUGAUAGAUUAACUAAUUUUGCUCUGUGGAUCCUUUGACCAAACAGGAGUUCAUGUAAUUCCCAAAUUGAAGUGGUUGUUUGAAGCCACAUGCGCCCAGAUCAAACUAUUAAGAUGACAAAUACCGUCCCCACGGGAGAUUCUCUAUAUUACCGAGCAAGCUGUAUUGGGAUCGCGUUACAGUUCGAAAAUUGCAAUAGAGUUAGAGGACAAGGAGCAAAGGAGGAAGAGAGGGAGGGGAAGCUGAAGGAAGCUGCCGAGCCGCACCACAGAACCGCUGCUGACGGACAAGCUGUGGCUCCAGCGAUGGACUGAGCUGGAAGUGGAGGGAACCCUGCAACAGUCAGCCUUACCUUUUUAUUUUCCUCUGAAGCCUUCACUCCUUUUAAACGCGCAUUUGGACUAAUUGCAGCGCAGGUGAGAAGCGAGAGCAGCUGUCUAUGUAACGAACUGGCCUAAUGACUAAAUACCACAUGCUUUCAAAGAGGACAUCAUCGGCCUUUUAUCUGGAAACUCAGGUCUGCACAAACUGAUUCCACCUGUAUCCCAAGGAGCAGUCGAACCCGGAACCUCAGCCCCCUCCCAAGUCCCUGGAAACACACAGGAUCCAGUCUGCACCCACAGAUGUAACUGAUCUAAUAAGAUUUCUUUACUAGGAAGUCCUAUUUUUCUGGCUGCAUGGACACAUCUUCAAAGUCGUGGCUGCCGCAUCAGAGUCAGUUUGGGUUGGUUGGUCAAGUGGAGGUUUGCUGUGGUGGACCUGGAGUUUUAACCCCAAACCAAUCACGCAGGGCAAGUUUUGCCUCUGUAAGACAGUCAAGUAUGGAGACCCCUCCUAACACGACUCCGCAGCCCUUCAGGCAGCCGAGUUUUCUCAAUCGGAGGUUAAAGGGUUCCAUCAAGAGGGCAAAAAGUCAGCCCAAACUGGACCGAACCAGCAGCUUCAGACAGAUGAUUUUGCCCCGGUUUCGGAGUGCUGACCAAGAGAGGACACGCUUGAUGCAAAGCUUCAAAGAAUCCCACUCCCACGAGUCCCUUCUUUCCCCCAGCAGUGCUGCAGAGGCUCUGGACCUAGUUUUGGAUGAAGAUGCCAUAAUCAAGCCCGUCCAUUCAAGCAUUUUAGGACAAGAGUACUGCUUUGAGGUAACCACCAAUUCAGGGACAAAAUGUUUUGCCUGCCGUUCAGCUUCAGAAAGAGACAAAUGGAUUGAAAAUCUUCAACGUGCUGUGAAACCUAACAAGAACUCCUCGUUCCACUUUCAGGAUAACAGCAGACGGGUGGACAAUGUGCUGAAGUUGUGGAUCAUUGAGGCUCGAGAUCUUCCAGCAAAGAAACGCUACUACUGUGAGCUGUGUCUGGAUGACAUGCUAUACGCACGCACCACCAGCAAGCCCCGCACCGACACUGUCUUCUGGGGGGAGCAUUUUGAAUUUAACAAUUUGCCUACCAUUCGUAGCCUUCGUUUGCACCUUUACAAGGAAACAGACAAAAAGAGACGCAAAGAAAAAAGCACAUACCUUGGGCUUGUCAGCAUACCUAUAUCCAGCAUCACUGGCAGGCAGUUUGUGGAGCAGUGGUACCCGGUGAUACAAUCCAGUGUUCUGGCAAAAAGCGGCGGCGUUGGGAGUACCAAAGUGAUCAAUGCUUCACUGCGUGUCAAGUCUCGCUACCAGACGAUGAAUAUCUUACCGAUGGAGUUGUACAAGGAGUUUGCCGAGUACAUUACCAACAACUACCGAACACUGUGUGCAGUCCUGGAGCCGCUGUUGAGUGUGAAAAGUAAAGAAGAGGUGGCGUUUGCUCUAGUGCACAUUCUUCAAAGUACAGGGAAGACCAAGGAAUUCCUGUCAGACAUGGCGAUGUGUGAGGUAGAUCGAUUCAUGGACCGUGAGCACUUGAUCUUUCGGGAGAACACACUCGCUACAAAGGCUGUGGAAGAGUACCUCAAACUUAUAGGUCACAGAUACCUCAAGGAAGCUAUCGGUGACUUUAUUCGAGCCUUAUACGAGUCUGAGGAGAACUGUGAGGUGGAUCCCAUGCGUGUCCCACCAUCAGUCCUUGUUGACCAUCAAGCCAACCUUCGCAUGUGCUGCGAGCUCUUACUCUGCAAGAUUAUCAAUUCCCUCUGCAUAUUUCCCCGAGAACUGAAGGAAGUUUUUGCCUCGUGGAGAGCCAGAUGUGCUGAGCGAGGAAGAGAGGAUCUUGCUGACAGCCUCAUCAGUUCCUCCCUGUUUCUUCGCUUCAUGUGCCCAGCCAUUAUGUCACCCUCCCUGUUCAACUUAAUGCAGGAGUAUCCUGCUGAACGCACGUCCCGCACGCUCACACUCAUCGCCAAGGUGAUGCAAAAUCUGGCCAGCUUCAGCAAAUUCGGACCCAAGGAGGAAUACAUGUAUUUCAUGAAUGAGUUCCUGGAGAUGGAGUGGGGCUCCAUGCAGCAGUUUCUCUAUGAGAUUUCCAACAUGGAGACUGGAGGAAACGCAGGAGGCUUUGAAGGCUACAUUGACCUGGGCAGAGAGUUGUCCAUGCUCCACAGUUUGCUUUGGGAGGUCAUGGGUCAGCUUAGCAAGGAUGCCAUUCUCAAAUUGGGACCCCUGCCGCGGCUGCUAAAUGACAUCAGUGUCGCCCUGAGGAACCCGCAACUUCACAUGCCUACAAAUCACCAGCCGGACCGACCCAAGGACAGACUCUUUACUCGCCCAUCUUUCAAUCGCCUCAUGUCGUCUGACUUCCAAAGCCUUAUGAUGCGGGACUUAAACAGUUCGAUAGACAUCUCUCGCCUUCCGUCCCCUACGACUGGAAUCUCAGCUGUGGAGUCCCUCUCAUCCAAUCUGAACAUGAGGCGUCUUGCUGAGCGAGACCUCCGUACAUCAAGAGAAGUGUUCUACGUCACCCGCCCACCGCUGGCUCGAUCCAGCCCUGCAUACUGCACGAGCAGCUCAGACAUCACAGAGCCUGAUCCAAAGGUCCACAGCGUAAACAAAAGCGUGUCUAUGAUGGACCUUCAGGACUCUCGCAUGAACAGCAUUUCCAACCUGAACUCUGUGGGAGACAUGCUCGCCUCCUCCCAAGCCUCCAUUGCUGGUCUUGGCCAUAGCUUCGGGAACCUUGGCGGCCCUCUCCGCAUGGGCGGGCAUUUGCCUCCGGGCUCAUCUGGCUCCGGUCUGAGACUAAGCCAGAUGGGCCAUGUAGGGGGGCCCACCGAAUCCAUCUCUCAGCAACAACAGCAGGCGGCAGCAGCAAUGCACUUCCCCCUGUCUUUCCAGAACCCGCUAUUCCAUCUGGCUGCCCAGAACUCCCCAGCUCAGUCCCAACCUCCUCCUCCUCCCCUUCUCCUCGCCCCUGAGCCUGAGAACGGCCACCCCGACUACCCGCCUGCCUUUGGCAACAGUGCUUUCUCCCGCAGCGAAGACUUGUCCGCCCUACGGUCACAAAGCAGUCUGGUGCAGCCCAGCAUUGUCCACUCGCACAGCUACAGUGAUGAUUUCACCCGGCAGAAUCAGAGCAACGAUUACGCCUGGCACCAGCUGUCGCUGCAGGUGCAGGAAUCUCUGCAGCAGCAGCAUCUAAUGGGAGUCACAUCUCAGACAGGCACUGGCACAGGCACCCCUGCCUCCUUGGCCACACCUCCGACUACCGUUCAUCCUGUCCGCCAGACAUCCAUCGCCCCUCAGCACCUCAAGUCCCAGCGCUCCAUUAACACACCAGCCACUGCCACUCCUCCAAAGGUUCGCCCACAGAGCAGGAACCUCCUCCUCGACUCCUCUGAUGCAAGCUUCAGUGGCAGUCAGCCAAAAUCUCGCCAAACUCAGCAGAUGCCACAGCAGCAGCAGCAGCAGUUGCAGCAGCCGCAACAGGAUGCGCAGCUGUCGGUGACAGACAGUCCAGCUCCUGGGCUCCCGUUUCAAACGAGCUCUGCCAAAGAGAACCAGCCUCCAGCAGCAGUUGCAGAGGAGUCGACGGACACACCCACGAAAAGCACCAAGAAACCUCAGCAGUCACAGCUGCAGCCACCACAACAGCAUCUGCUUAAGCCAGUUGCCAAUAAACAGGGAAACUCCCCGGCUAUGAAUGAGCGGACAGUUGCCUGGGUGUCCAACAUGCCACAUCUCUCUGCCGACAUCGAGAGCCUGCGGCCGGACCGCGAGGGCCAGCUGAAAGAGUACUCUAAGAGUAUGGACGAAUCAAGACUUGACAGGGUGAGAGAAUAUGAGGAAGAAAUUCAUUCUUUGAAGGAACGGCUGAAGAUGUCCCAUCGCAAGUUAGAAGAAUAUGAGCAGAGACUUGUUAGCCAGGAACAGCAGACCAGCAAGAUCCUGCAGCAGUAUCAGAACCGCCUUGAAGACAGCGAGCGCCGUCUGAAGCAGCAGCAAUUGGAGAAGGACUCUCAGAUCAAAGGCAUCAUUAGCAGACUCUUGGCUGUGGAAGAUGAGCUGAGAGGGGGUGCCAUUCCUGAUAUUAAGCCUCGAAUCCUCACAGACCAGUCUAUCAGCCACGGCUAUGGCGGGCUCCCAGGAUCCUGACUGCCAAUUCCAAAGUGACCAGAGUUCAUGAUGGUCACUUCUGUGUAAGAUGGCCGAUUUAGAAGCUCCUACAGAAACCCUAUCAAGACUAAUCUCUGCAGUGGAUCCAGCAGGACUACUGCAUCAUCUUACAUUCUAAAUAAAUGAGAAAAAAUAACAAUAAUAAAAGAACUUUGCACAUAUUCAAACUUAGCCUGUACCAGAACUUGACAAUCAUCUUAGCAUGAGGACCAAUGUGUGCAGAGAAUCUUCUGCACAUGUUGAAAUAUAAGCCAGUGCCACAACAAUGGCAAUACUGUACCUAAUGAGUUUCUUUAACUUAAAUGGAGAAGGUUGGAGGAGGUGUAUAAAAAAGUGGGAUGAAGACGGAUUCAAGAUUUUCCCACCCACAAGCAGCUUCUCAAAUAGCUGUAGACAAAAUGAAAAAUGAGGCUUUUAACAAGCACAAUAUCCCUUCAUGAUGACGCCUUCAAGGAACAACAAGGAAGUUAAAUGAUUUGCCAUCAAUGAUUCUCAGAUGCAGGGCCCAAACAAAGACUUCUUUAACUAUUUGGUACUGAUCAAACAACUGUUGUUAAAGAUAUUUUAGCAUUCAAAGCUAGGUAUAAUACUGAUUUUUGCAUCCUUUAUAUUCGAGCCAUCUCACCUGAAAAGAUGCCAAACAUGUCUUACAAUCAGCUGCUUUAAGUACAAUCUGAAUCCUCUUGUUGCUUUGCCUUUUCCUUCGGCACACAGUGUACAGCCUUGACUUUCAGUGUGUGGGAAAAACACACCUCUCAAAUGUCCUAAACCUUUUUAACUGUGGAAAUACUGAAUCUGAGUUUGUAAUAAUAUCAAUAAAGAUGAUAAUUAUGGUAUCAUAAAAUGGUAUACUUUACAUUUCAAAACAGUGAUACAAAGUGGUACAUUGGUAGAGAGAACAGAUCGAGGUGACAGUUUUAUUCACUCUGCUCAGCUUGUACGAAUACCGAUUGUGUCAUAGUGAUGCCAUCCUGGAUUGCUGCAGACACUGCCAUGUUUGUGCUAGAAACUGGGGCUGUAGAUACUAUUUGAUUAAAAAAAAAAGUCUGUGUUAUUUAUUAUUUUUUUCUAUCCAAUGAAAGAAGUAUUUGUAUUUGUAUUUGUAAAUUUUACGGACAUCAUCAGCACCACUAUAAAUCUGAUUUGAUUUAUACUCCCACAGCUUAUGACAACCUAUGUUUAGAUUGCAACUCAAUGGAUGAUGCCAAAAAUUUGAUGAUUUCAGCUUUUUAAUGCAAGAAUUUGAUUAGUUUAUUUUAAAAUGAAUGUCAUUUUAAUGUCUUUAUUUUCUUGAGUUGUCUGUUUAUUAAGUAAAAGAAGGACAUUGAAUAAAAUUAGUAUUUAGAAACCUUUAUUUCCCCUGGCUGAAAUAUUGAAUAAACAAUUAGAAAACCAGAUGAGCAGCUUUGCAAACAUCUGAGAGAUGGCAUCAAUCUAGAAAAGUGUCAGAAGUAAUCCAUUUUAAGUAAUGGUAAUUACAUCAUCUGUUGUACUCUAAUGAGUCACUUUGUAACACUGGGUUGAAAGAUAAAAUACUAAUUUUAAUUAAUAAUUAUAAAACAGAUGUGCACUUGCAAACAAAUCAUAAUAUAGCAAGUAGUGAAAUACACAUCUGCUGUAUUUAAUGUUUCUGGAGAAUGUGCAUUAGUUCUGCAUGUGCUUUUCAAAUGGAACAACAAGUUCACACAAUAUCUUGAUGUACAAACAUACAAAGACAUGGCUGUCUUAUUGUUAGGAUUUUUAAAAAAUCCAACCUGCUGACUCUUCUGUUUUUUCCAGAAAAGUUUAGAGCAUGUUGUAUUACAAAAUGAGUGUGCAUAGAAAAGUACGGAAAACGCAGGAGAAGCAGUGAAAACAGAAUAAGAUGCAGCCACAUGUAAGUAUAUGUGCAUAGCAUUUGACUGCCUUAGUAGCCUGUGCCACAAGGCCCAAAACUAACAAUGCCAAUACAAAAAACAAAAAUCCUGUAAACUUUGUAUAUUAAAUGUCCUUUUUGUAGUCAGGUGAUGAACUAAUAAGCAGUGUGUUGGUUAACUCUAUGUUAGAAUUAUUUACAUGACAAAUUUUAUGGUUGAUAUAAUUUAUCAUAACCUCUUGCCUUUAAAAGACAUUUAAUUUCAAGAUAAAUUAUACAAAGUUAAAUGUUUAUGUUACCAGAAAUGUAUAAAAUAGCUUAAUGUAUAUCUAUUCUUAUAUGUAAAAUGUAUUUAAAUUAAGGGUAGGCCUUAAGGCAUGUUGAAGUUGUGGCAAAAACUAAUUCUUAUAUUAUGAUGAUGACUCUUAAUGCUGCAAUCCAGAAAGGACGGUGCUGGGGUUGGGGCCAGGGUUGGGGUGGUUCACAGCUGAUCAAGUUCCCAGCUCUCCUCUGCUCUAGAUGAAGUCACAAGGUGAACUCUUAGACUAGCUUGCCUAUGUUGUGUAACCAAAAUAGCAGCGGUGCUUUCAACAACGCUGGAUUGCAGUUUUAAGUUCUUUAUUUUGGGGAAAUAUUUGUUUAUAUAUUUGGCCUGCAUUGCAAUACAGUAUUUUGAAAACUUAUACUGCACUUAUGCUUUCAUUUUACAAGAAGCUGCAAUUCAUAGUCUGUGAGAAAUGUUUUCCAAGAUAUAACUAUAUGAUAUACCCAUGUAUUAUUAUAGGUUUCUCUGUGUUAACUGCAGUGGUACAGUGCGCUACCUCUGAAAUCAUCCUCACUGGUGAUCUGCUCACAACCUGAGUGGAUAGAAACCUCCAUUUCUAAAAAAAGAAGAAGAAGGAAAAAAAAAAGAGACAUUUUCAACUGUAAGGAAGAAAAUCAGGUUGAAAUCUUGGUUGUGUGUAUUAUUGCCAUUUCUAAAAUGUUCAUCCUAUUUAAAGUGCCGUUACCAUCACAGUCAUUAAAAUCUCCUUGACUGAAUGCAUUAUAGGUAUCUGUCCAACUCUCAGGUGUUGUGAGGAACACAGAGGUAACUUCUAACAUCCUAAUGCCAAAAGCACAAAAUACUAAAAUGAUUUAGUGUUACAGCUGAAUAGAGGGCAAAGCACAUGUGAAAUGCCACUCCUUGCCCUUGUCUUGUCCUUACAAAUGGUUUAAUUUACACCUUAUUUCAUUGUUUGCCACAUAAAAGUUACAAGAGCUUUUUUUUUGAUCCAAAAGAAAAACUGAACAAAUUAUCUACUGUAACAAAACUUUUAAGAAUAAGAUAUUAGAGAAAGUGCUUUAUGUUUACAGAUGAUGUAUGAACCUUUGUCGAAUCGAGGGGGAAAACUGCCACUUUGCUGCAGCUAAAGCAGGACCUAAUAGAUAAAAUUAUUUAUAUUCUAUAUUUUGAGUAAGGGUAUAUAACAUCAAUCAACAUAUUUAUGUUUCUAAAAUGGAUGUAUAGCAUUUUGGAAUGAAACACUAUUUUUCUUGGCAGCUAUCAUUCUGCUCAAUUGACUUGCUGUGUCACAAAUAUAUGGUGGGUGGGAUUUCUAACUUGAAUCUGGCCUACUGGAUGUAAUACCUUCAUUUACUUGACAUUUCUUUUGAAAUAAGCCAUGCCCCCAUUGAUAAGCCAUACCCUCCAGACCCCCUGAUGUUGUGUGGUGGAUGUUAAUUGUUGGUAGUUUUAUUUAUUAUAGUAGUUAUUGUAGGUAUGAUUGCGCUUGUAAUUAAUAUUAGUGUAAGUAUACUUGAUUAUGAUUUUUGUUUGAACAACGGGAAUGUAUUCAUAUUUCAGGUGAUUUUUCUGAGUGAUUUCAAUAAAUUAAUAAAUGCCUAA